GAGAGCUUCUCAUUCAGGUCCUUUUGGACAGUGCCACCCCACUGCAAAAGAGAAUUGCUGCAUAUCUUGUGGUUAUGAAGAACCCGCUGCCAAGUGAUUUGGUGCGUUUGGCCGCUGCCCUGCCCACCGAGAAAGAUACCCAAUUCAAGAGCUUUGUGGUAUCCCACAUGACCAAUAUUUUGGCUUCAACUGAGACUAAAACUGAAGAACUCAGACAAAAGAUUCGCGAUGCCAUCCAGGACAAUGAGAUUGGACCCGUCAUGAACCCCACCAAAUUCUCUCGUAACUACCGGAUGGGAUCUGUCGAGGGAAACAUGAUCUUUGAGGGCACCAGCUACCUGCCCAAAGAAGCCAUGCUGGAAAUGACUCUUAAGGCAUUUGGCUUUGACAUUGACAUGAUGGAG